AUGCGUGGUUUUCUGGUGAAACUGAACUUCGGUCUGCGAGACCUUUCUUUUUUCGAAUUGGGGAAAUGCGGAUCCCUGCAAGGUGGUGUACGUUAUAACCGAGGAGGAAUAAUGCGAGAACGGAGAACGACUGAGUUUUACAUGGAAUGGUUCGAUGUGAAUGUGCAUCGGAACAAGUUGACGUUUAUUCCAAUGCAUGUCCACAAAUUAGAGGAUGGGGUUAAACUUGGAGCACCUUGUUCGAGACAACAUUGUUUGGUGAAGAUUUUUUCCAUUGGAAAGUAUCUCAGCAGUGGUAAAUUCGUGUUGAAACCGAAUGAAGAACUUGACUCCCGGUUCUGCGUGACUGUCCAAAUCAACCGAUGUGAAGUUUUCUCGUCUCAUCAGAAGGGAUCCAUGUUAACAUUGAAGCAUGGAGAUAUCAUUGAGUUCUUCCUCCAAGGCAUUCGUGAGUUGACUUGCACAAUUGAAACUGAGCUGUUUUUGAGUGAAGUGAUGCUCGUGAAACAGCACCUUACUGAUUAUUUUCGUAUGAUUCAAGCGAUGAAGCCACAGGUCAUGUUUCUCUUGACCAAUGAAUGUUUGGUUCAAGUGCCGCAAACGUCAGCACUGCUGUUAUGUCCUUGGCCGGUUCUGCAAAACAUUUUCCAGUUUUUGACUCCCUUUGAAACCAUGGAAAACCUCGUUCCGGUGUGUCGGCAAUUUUUUCAACUGAUGAGGAGUGGUGCAAUUUGGACUCGUGUCCUGUUCAAUGUUGAUUUUGAAAAAGCAUACGUUCCAUACGGUCACCUGGGUGAUUUAUGCACCGUGAUUGCUCCACGCAUCCGGAUGCUUUUAUUGGACGUCGGACAGCUUUGGGGACGACGAUCCACAUUUUUACGGAGUAUUCUGUGUUCAUCGUUCGAAUCGGAUGACUGGAGGAUUCUGAAGUUGCUGGAAAUAUAUUCUUCUGGUCGUGAUGAUUUCGUGACAGCACUCCUGGAAAACAGACAAUUCUGCGCUAAAUUGGAAACCCUGUUGGUUUCUUGCGUUGAUUGCGUUAGCCUUUUAUUCCGGGGUAUAACUGGAGAAGGACCCGAAAUUUGUUUCCCAAAUGUUCGAGAAGUUACUCUGCGGUGUUCUUUGGAAGCGGACUUCUCUGUGAGGCCCAGCAAUGUCCUGACGUAUCUUGACUUCCUGGGCUCUGGUGUGCUGAGAAGCCUGCAUGCCAAAGCCUUGCCACUAAAGUUUAGUAAGGAUGAUUGGCUUCUAGCUCAAAGUAGGGGGACUUUCGCUGACCUAGAAUCGCUAACCUUGCAUGGAGGCGAUUUUCAGAAGAUGCCAUUCGCUGACAGCAUGCGCGAGGUUUUCCCAAAGCUAAAAUCCAUCUGGUUCCAAAAUGUACGAGUGUCACCGACGAAUGCAUUAGACCAUAUACUGGAGAUGCCAAGUGUGGAGAAACUUUGGUUCAGAAAUGUUCAUUCAGAUAUGUUUCCUGAACCGAUACCGCUUUAUUUCUUCGACCGGAGACCGAAAGAAUGGCUUGAAAACAUCAAACUCAUUUCCGCUGAUCAGUGGGAGAGGUAUAUCCCGUAUUCCAGGCUGAUCAACUUGGAAUUGGUUGCAUUCUUUUCGCGAGACAAGACGACUGGGGUCACAGACACAGAUGUUGAUGGUACACUUCCGCGAUCCCUGGAGAACAUUUUUAAGGAACUUCGCAACUGUUCGAAGCUUAAAGGACUAAUCCUACACAUUCCGGACGGUUUCCGGUGCGCAGUUCUCAACGAACUUCCCCAAAAAUUGGAGUUCGUUGCCAUUUCGGGAGCUAACAUUGAUGAAGUGAAAUCUGCGCUUGAAUGCCUUUACCCUGAUCAAACUCGUCUCGAAGAAGUGUGGAUUCGAGUGUUCAAUACAUCGAAACUUGGAUUUGAGGAAAACAUCGAACUUUUAAUGAGAUUCAAACAUCUCAAAAGAGUCGUGUUCGUGUAUAAGCCUUGUUCCCCUCCCAAAAGGAGCUUCGACGAUGAUGACGACCCUUAUGAUGACUAUUCCGACGACGAGUGCGGAACGAUGCGGGACCAGCUCUUGCAUGAUUUCGAAAGGGUGCUGCAGGAAUUUGCAGAUAGAGGGUGUUGCUGGAAACAAGCGACCUUGCUCAAUCCUAUUGUAAAGAAAAAUUUUGCCUACAAACGGAAGGUGGGAUUACCAAGAAAGAAUGUGGCUGACAUCGCCGGUAAUAAACGCCGAAACUUGAACUUGUUUGCUUGUUACAAUAUCCUGGAUAUUGCUGACAUUCCAUCCCAGUUGUGUCUAGAUUUCGGGACUGGGCUGGUUCAAGUUUAA